AUGGAUGAGGACCACAUCACAGCCCCCGAUGGGGCUUUCGGCAUGUCCGACGAGACAACGCAGAUCCUACUCCGGUCAAGAUUGUCUAGCGUACCGAAUAGCCCAACAAUCUCCCAACAAGAGAUUUCGUCCCUUGGCAAUUCCGAGAGAGCGUCAAUAGAUCAGCGGCAGCCGGUUGGCAAACCAGAAAACCGCGUGGACAUUCAUCCUGAGCUACCAGAGGGGUUGCUGAUUAGAGAAAUGGUGGAUUCUUCCGACAUGAAUCAUCAUGACCCUCAAACUCAACAAAACGUUAUCAUUACUUGGAUUCUAGAGAUUCUUACCCUUGUAUUAGCAGCAGGACUUCUCAUUGCUAUUUGCAUCCUAUUUGCAACUUAUAACGGUCAGACACAGCCCGACUGGGGCAAUGGCGGAAUCACCCUCAACGCUCUUAUCGCUACCCUGUCCAUGAUCUUUCGCGCCAGCCUGGCCUUCGUCAGUUUUGAAAUAGUCUCCCAGAUCAAGUGGGACUGGAUUGCAUCCGAAUUCCGCCCUCUAAGAGACUUUGAUCGUUUUGAUGCUGCGUCGCGAGGUGUAUACGCCUCCUUACGGCUUCUGCCACUUGCCAUUCUUCACCAGCCGAGGGCUGCUGUGGCUAUCCUUGUGACGGUCAGUUCUCUAGGCAUUGGGCCAUUCAUGCAGCAAACGAUCCAAACGUAUCAAUGCCAGAGGAAACCGGGACCGGAUGUCCAGGCCCCAACGAUCACCACAGCGAAUACCAUUGAACUUUCUGAACUAGGUAUGGUCGUUCGAUCGGGCCGGCGUGUGCUAAGCACAGAGAUACGGACUGCGAUGCAAGACGCAAUCGUGAACCCGAACCUUGAUUCCAAUAUUGGGGCACUAUUUACAUGCAAGUCUGGGAACUUGUACAAGGGGAGUGGUUACAAGCUAAACUUGAAUGAGGGACCAAUGCGCAUCGUGCUAGGGAGAUCGUCAGUGUCUGCGUUUACAUAUAUGCAGAUGCGAGGAGUGAGGAACCUCACAUGGACUCGAGAGGUUACUACUCCUGACUUCAUCAAUAGAGCUCGCUGGGCGGUCUACAACUUCACUAUCCUCGCUGCGUCGCGGAAUCACUGCAACAUAUUGCCUGAUGGCAAUGUGACCUGUCCGCAACCUUGUCCGAUCGACGAUGGAUCUUGUCCUGUCGCUUUUUACGAGCCAUCUGAUUAUGUUGCUGCCGCUUGUACCCUAUACCCAUGCCUCAAGCAUUAUUUAGCUACUGUCGAUGCAGGGAAGCUGGCGGAACGCAUAGUCCACGAUGUUCCUCUACGCCUGCAGUCACCGGAGCCUCUCUGGUCAGCGGAUCUUACAAAUCAUCUCUCAAGAGAUUUCAAAGCUGUGCAGCAGCCCUGUUGGGUGAAUGGGACGCUGUACACAGCAUCGAACAUGUCUUCUUCAGAGUCUCUCGGAGAAAAUGUCGCAGAGGUCGUGCAAUCCCAUCUUGACGAUUGGAUGAAUGAAAGUAUCGAUGCUCCAGCUCAUUACACUAACAUUACGGCCCCACGUGAGUGCGUUGGCACAAUGAGUGCUUACUUUAUGUCGCUGUUUCAGGACAACCCAUUCGAUAAUGUGAGUUGUUCAUACGAUACGCGGAUGGAAAGUCUUCAAUGCCGGGGCAAUCUGGACGAGAAUAUAGAUCAGUCCAGCCUAGUGGCACUCAUGAGGGGACCAAACACAUCUAUGGAGACUUUGCAAGAGAAUAUCGACUCGCUGACUGCGCGGCUUACAACUGAGAUACGGAAAAGAGGCACAGGAGCUUACAAUCUGCAAAAGGCAUUUGUCAAUGGUGAUGAAUGGGAGACUAAAGUCUGCGUCCGUAUUCUAUGGCAGUGGAUUACUCUUCCAGCAAUAUCGUUUGCAUUGUGUGCCUUACUGUUGCUAUGGACGAUUAUCAAGGACGCCAUGUCGAGAAACGGAACUAUUUGGAAAAGUUCGCCCAUUCCAUUGAUUCUCAAGGACUAUCCAGGCUUGGAAAGAAUGGGAUUAAACAGGAUGGGCCAAAUUGUAAAGGGGCUUGAGAUAAAGCUGGAGAAGCAAAAGGAGAUUUAA